UGAAAGGAGUCCCAUUUUCCCCAUAUGAUGUUUUACCUCGAAGCUUUUUUUAACAAAAAAUUUUACUGCAGUGUGCAAACACGCUUUUCAGCAUCAAUGCUUUAGGAUAAGGCUGUUCAGCUCGUAUCGCCGGUGCACUCAAAUUCCUCACCUCCAAUGGCGACUGCUCUCUCUUCCAUAUUGCCGGCGGUGGGGGCGGCACACAGUACUGUCUCCCCUUUGAAAGCUCAAAAGCCUCCGGCAACUCUACGGUCCCUCAAACCAUUUAAUCGGCCCCUCGUUCCCUCUAUUCACCGAAGACCACCAAUUUCAGCUAGUGCUGCGGCUACCGUGGAAGAUGAACGGCAAAACGAUGAAGAGUCGAUAAGCAUUGAUGUCCUUAGACGCUUCAUUAACCUCAACUUGGGCUACUGGACCGGCUCUUUCCAUCAAUUCGAUUGCAAUGGGGAUUUGUUGCAUAAAAUUAGCACGAAGCUCAGUGCGAGUUCGUAUGGGGAAGAUGAACUCAUGAGCUUGAUUCAAUCGUUGUACAUCAAGCAGCCUCCUCUAAGCACUUCAGACCCUGAAGAAUGGUUCGAGUACAAAAUUAAAGAAUCCAACAUGUUCACAGUUGACAAAUAUCAACAGAUUUGUUUUUUCCCUAUAGAGAAGGCAUUUGCAUUGAGAUACCAGACAGCUGGAAUGUUGGAAACAGUGAUAAGACAAGGGGUGUUAGGUGAAGAUGAUACUGGUGAAGAAUCGCCCAGGAAUUUGAAGCUUCCUUCUCGACGGCCGGCAAUUGUAUGUGAAAACUGCAUCUCUUCAUUUGAAAAAGAUGUGAGAGUGAGAGCUUUCCAUAUAAUGAACCCACAGGGCAUACUCGAAAUGCUUCUGUUAUUCCUGGAAGAAAGAGGAAGCAAAGAUAUUGCUCAUCCUUCCUUUUACGAGUCUAGUGAUUUGGACAGGAUUACUCCACAUUUGGGUACAUGGAAGGGUCGCUCUAUAACCAAACGCAGUGGUGUUUAUGGAGCCACAAUAGCCAAAGCCAGUACAGUAGCUACACUUGAAAUUAAUGGGGAUGGUCAGCUUGCCCAGGAGAUAAGAUGUACAUCAGAUGGUGGUGAUGUGACGACAUCUGUAAACUGGAUGGGUUCAAUCUGUAAGAACACGAUCAGCUUUGAUGGUGGUUACCAGUUUACGUUGUUGCCGGGUGGAAUCUACAUGGGAUGUCCUUCUGACAUUGCAAAGAGCGUGCAAGAAUCAAUGUGCUUUCAUUUGGAGCUCUGUUGGGCUGAGUCAGCUGUCAAGAGACAGAGACUGGUCCGGACAUACGAUGCAGAAGGGUUAGCAGUGUCGUCAACGUACUUUUGUGAAACUAAACAAUGAUAAUUCUCUCUGUGUGUGUGUGUGAAAGCCAAAAUUAUUCUUGUACAAUGUCGAUUAGAAAGAACCAUUCCAGAUCUCUCUCAAUGGAGAAUAUUUUGCCCCAAUAUGAUGUGAGUUUUUAAUUAGUAUAGGAUUUAGCGAUGAGUUGAAGAAUAAUUGUACAGGCAAAAGAACCUGCUGGUUUUGCCCGAAUAUGGGGAGUUGUAAGGUUCAUUUUCAGCUUUAAUGAAGUGUGCAUUAAAGUUCUUUCUUUCACAUAUUACCAUCAAUAGUAAACUAUCGUGUGGUCGAAAAUUACUGUCCCAUGUUAUAUUUCCGGGGAAAAAAAACUGUUAGAGCACGUUUG